AUGAGAGCUGCAAGGGUGGGGAUACACGGUUCCAGUACGAGACAAUUAAAGCCAUUAUUCUAUCUAUCAGGACGUUCUCAAUCCCGUAGGUCCAUUUUCUUCGAUACAAAGCGGACAAGUCGACUGUUGGACCGCCGUCUUGCCGGACUCGGCCACCUAAUUGAAGAUGAAUAUGCAAACAUUCGAGACUCAUAUCUAAAACCAAAGAAUCCCAUAGUAUUAGCCCACGGCCUUCUAGGUUUUGAUGAACUGCGAAUCGCAAAACGAGCCUUACCGGCCAUUCAUUACUGGAGAGGAAUUAAAGAUGCCUAUUCUAUCAAUGGCGUGGAGGUUAUUACUGCCCCUGUCUCCCCGUCAGCUUCGAUAGAACAUCGUGCGGAGGAGCUGAUGCGAGGGAUUGAGAGUCGUGCACAAGGCAGAAAGGUUAACAUUAUUGCUGGAUUGGAUGCCAGAUAUAUGAUCAGCAAGCUACGGCCAACGACAUUCGAGGUUGUUUCAUUGACGACUAUCGCCACUCCCCAUCAAGGCUCUGCAGUAGCCGACUAUACGCUUGAAUGGCUUGGUGAUAAUAACUUACUAGUGAUAGAGGAACGGCUUUCCCAGGCUUACUUUAUACUUGACCGACUGGGCUUAGAAAACGGAGCAUUCAAGCAGCUUACUCGCAAGUACCUAGCCCAAACUUUUAAUCGAGACGUUGUGAAUGUGGAUGGUGUUAAGUAUUACUCAUAUGGUGCCGUAUUAUCCCCCGAGACUUGGUCAAUAUUUAGCCAGUCACGGCGAAUACUAGACAAGGAAGAGGGGCCGAACGAUGGCCUUGUCAGCGUUUCAAGCAGCAAAUGGGGGUGCUACAAGGGAACACUAGUUGGAGUCAGUCAUCUUGAUUUGAUCAAUUGGACAAAUCGCCUUAAAUGGUUUGCUGCCGAGCUGACUGGUAAUAAAAAGAAAUUCAAUGCUGUGGCAUUCUAUCUCGAUAUUGCAGAUAUGCUUGCAAAAGAGGGACUAUAA